GACAUCCGACUCUAUUCAAGACACACGGUAUAAAGUCCUAAUCCUUUCCUACCCCUAUAUUUUGUCAUCAUAUCCCUCAACUUCUUCUCCAUCCUACGCACUCAUCCAAUCUCGUAGCUGGCUACUAUGGUCGGACAAUACACCUACCAAUUCCCAGUCUGUUUCUCUUCAAAUCGCAGCAUCGAUGCUUCAGUGGGACAGGGUUCCAUCGAUGUUCAGGGAGCACCGUUUUUGCGAUGUACUGCGAAUUACUGGGUCGAACUAGAGGCUAAAUUCCUUUCAUCUCAUGCAGGGGAGACGUCAGGGACGCUGUCAUCCCCAACCUCCUAUCAUUCAAUUCCGAGACCAAAGCGUCCCUUGAGGCCACGCUCACAAAAUGCGCGAUUUUGGACACUCGAGGACAGAAUGAAGCGCAUCCAGUCCCGCACUGCUUCCUGGCGUAAGUCUGCUUUGCCGAACCUUUCUCGGCGAUCGACAAUACCAGACCUCGAAGUUCUUCAUGUGCACUAUGCUCGCCAGCACGUCUACGGCGAAGCAUACGACGGAUACGAAUGUGGAGAAACCAGUCCAAAGCGCAAGCGAGCUUUUAUUGGCAUCUGCGACGUGAACAAAAUGUUGCCGUUCGUAAGGCGUCGACUCUCAUACGAAUGCAACUACAAUGAGCCGCCGCAAUGGACAUCAGGCGUCGAGGGCUUGGUGGAUUCCAAGGUGGAUAUCACAGCGGACCACAAGAUGGCAGAUGUCAAGGAUGAAUCUUGCAUUCAGUCCAAUGUGACUCUAGAAUCCUCGAUCGGUGUCAAUAGCACCCACACACAGCGCAUCGUUGAUAUGAUUCAAGAUCUUCCAUCCGCCAGUCGUCCGCGUCGCCUCCCAUGUCGAGAUAUCUGCGAGGCCGGGCCAACUCACCACAACAAACCUGCAUUUAUGGACGAGGCCAACGAAUCCACUGUGAACCUAAUGCGGGAUAUGUUUCGUGAUGGAGAACAGGAUGACCAAGACAGCAUUUUUGAAAUCCUACAGGGCAUUAGAUAUCUGCGUAUCCUGUGAGCGAGCGAUGAUUUUGUGUACCCUAGUGUCUUUAUGAAAAUGAUAACAAUUUCGACACUUAUCAUGGAUUGUGCAGUCUAUUUGAUGAAGUCUUGAGGGAGUGCACAGUCUUGAAGGCUGGAGUUGGGCUUGAGUCAUUCUGCACACCUCGCUACCGCCGCCGGGAAUGAGAAAUACGACGCUGGCAUCCCUAGUGUACGUACCACCAAAACGAAUGCUACUAAUAAAUCGAUGAUUCGAAGGGGUGAAGACUCACCCGAGUCAUUCUAAAUUCAAAUCAUCCACGUACCUCCCGCCACUCCGCUAAAACACGACAUUAUGAAAGUUCUGGAAGUAAAAAUAAGGCAAAUCGACUCACUCUGGGACUAUGUAGUACUACUACCGUGAUGCAGUACUGCC